CGGCCCCGCCCCCUCUCUAACCGCGGAGGAGUAUGGGUAGAAAGCGGGGCUUCGCGGAAGCGCCGGUGGAUUCCAAGAUGGCGGCGGGGUGCUGUGGAGUGAAGAAGCAGAAACUGUCGAGCUGCUCGUCCUCUUCCACCUCCUCCAACGAGAACCACUGCAAGGACGUGACCCGCGCUAACGGCUUCAGUGGCUGCCCCGGCGGCAGGAACAUGGUCGUCAACUCGGAAAUGUGCUGCUUCUGCUUCGACGUCCUGUACUGCCAUCUGUACGGAUAUCAGCCGCCCCGGAGCCCACGAUUCACCAACGACCCAUACCCAUUAUUUGUGACAUGGAAGAUUGGUCGUGAUAAACGGUUGCGAGGAUGCAUAGGUACUUUUUCUGCCAUGAACCUACAUUCAGGACUCAGGGAGUACACUCUUACCAGUGCCCUUAAAGACAGUCGUUUUCCUCCAAUGACGAGGGAAGAAUUACCACGGCUUUUCUGCUCAGUGUCUCUUCUUACCAACUUUGAAGAUGUUGGGGAUUAUUUAGAUUGGGAGGUGGGUGUACAUGGCAUUAGAAUAGAAUUCAUCAAUGAAAAAGGAUCAAAACGCACCGCCACAUACCUGCCGGAGGUUGCGAAGGAGCAAGGCUGGGACCACAUUCAGACCAUAGAUUCCUUGUUACGAAAGGGUGGCUACAAACCUCCCAUCACUAAUGACUUCAGGAAGACCAUUAAACUGACCAGGUACCAUAGUGAAAAGAUGACACUCAGUUACUCAGAGUAUCUAGCUCACCGCCAGCAUCAUCACUACCAGAAUGGCAUUGCACACCCUCUACCACCGUACAACCAUUAUUCCUGACAAUGACUUGCAUGACCAGUCACUUGAUCUUUCAGCGGACCUCUUCCCAGGGGACCCUUCCCCUUCUUGGUCUAGCUAUCUCUAUUACUGUACCAUUUUAUGAUGAUAGUUUCCGUUGCCAUAUUGGCAUGCAGCUAUUAGCUGAUGUCAAUUUGGCAACGGGUGGUAUCAUCUCAUAAUUACGAAUCAAUAUAUUUUCUUUCAGCAUGCCUUUUUAAAAUAAGUUCCAAUGAAAUUGUCACAUUUUGUUUUUGCAUUCCCAAAAUUUCCUAAACCUGUGGCUGAAUGGAAGGAGAGUUGAAAUGAGGUAGGCUGUAAGUUGCAAGAACAGUUUUUUCAAAUAGUACCUUUGUUUUUGGGCAGAUAUUAGACCUCCAUUUCUUUAAUGAUUGGAUAAACUUUCUUAAAAGUCAGUAUACUAUAUAGUUUCAAAUGCUGUAAAAGAGUUAUACAUCAUUGCAGCUUUGCUGCUUUUGAUUGGCAUAAAUUCCUUUGUCAUCCUCAACAUUUUAGUAUGAAUGACUUUUUUAAACUAGCUACCUUUUUGUUUUAAAAUGCAGCUUUCAGAGGAUAACAAGAGUUUAUAAAAAGGGCUACAUUGAAUUAUUCAAGUAUCAAACUAUUAAGUGUGGUACUCAAUAGGCAUUUAGCCUCCCAUGACUGAGAUACUUCUCAAAAUUUCCACCAUAGAAUUGUUAUUGGGUAUACUUAUCAGGUGAAAAGUAAUCAAAAAUAUGCCUCAUACCAUAUGGCAGUGUAUAUGUGGGUGGGUGGGUGUGUGUGUGUGUGCAUAUGUGGGUAGGUAUAUAUUAUAUAAAUAAAAUUCCUAUAUAAUGCAGUUUUUUAUUCCUUGUGGGGAAAGACUUCAUUAUGGAACUUGAGACAAAACUCAAGUUUUUUUCAAAAACUUGCAUGGAGUGAAAUUAAAUUUAAUUUGAUUUAUGGGUUAAAAGUGCAUAAAUGUAAUUAUGCAGAUCAAAAUUGCACAACAUUGUGUUGGCGUUUGUGUACUCAGUCUCUACCUACUUGCUGUUUUCCCCAGGAAUAAUGGAAACUUCUAUUUUAAAGAAGGUAUAUAAGACUACCUAGGAGGCCAUAUAUUCUGUGUUCAGUACUUCCUUUGGGAUUGGGCACUUAGUUUUGAAUUAGUGAAGAUAAUGACUAGAUUUAGAAUUUCUUUCCAUGAAGAUGGGUAUACCCAAUAUGCAUAUCUUGGAGCUAUAAGGAAACACCUUUGAAAUGUAUAAUCAGCCAUUUGUUGAAUUUUAACUUGGCUUUGGCAGUGCAGCAGAAUGAUGAAUAUUUCUUCAAAAAAAAAUUAAUUCUCCCAGCUCAAUUUCUGACCAAAUUAGUAUUUUAAAAAAACAGUACGGAUGUGGAAUUUCUUCUAGGAAACUAAACAUUGGCUUAAUUUUUUCCAAUUGUUAGCAAGGCCUUCUGUGAUUCUUUGUUUCGAGCACCUGUUUAUAUACCUGUAAUCUUUGGUAAAACCAAUAUAGUUUGAGUUAAGCUGCUUAGUUUAUAGAUGAUUAAACAUAAUUUUCUAUGUUUUGAACUUAAAUACGAUUGCAUUAGUCAAUGUGAGGCAUUGUUAAUUAUACUGGAAAAGAGGGAGUUGAGACUCAAGGUGACUGGGCAAGCAAGGUGCUAUAACUCAGGAAUUAUUAACGUGGAGUAUUUGUGCAACCUGAGGCCCCCAACACAUCUGUGUAAAACUUACUUUUCACAGCCACUUAUGGUCAGGGUUUGAAAUUUAAAUUAGCAAAGUUUUUUUUAUGACCGUGCGAAUUUUCCAAUUAAAUGAACUGUUUGGGAAAACAGGAUGAUCAGAUGUGGGUUAAUUUAGAUAUCUGCUCUCAGUUGCCACAAAUCCUAGCUGGAACAUUCACAGGUUUCAGAUCAUCAAUUUCUGGUUUAGUAUGGUAAAAUAUGUUAGAAAUAUGAAGAUUAAUAAUAUGGUGUUAUUUGCUGAGCUCUACUUUUGCCUGUUCUUCCUUUUUAAAAAAAAAAAUUCAUGUAUCAGGAAAGAAAAGACUGCAGGUGACUAUCUAAAUUACGAGUUUAGGUUACGUGUACAUGGAAUUAUUAUACAGUUGAUAUUGAAGGACAGUGUUCCUUUGUCGUGGUUUGGGAGAGCAGAUUAAUCUGUUUUAGAUCAAUUUAGAUCAUUAACUGUCAUUAAAACAGUUGAAUCAAAUCUCAGACGAUACCUCAAUAGCAUUUCCUCAUCCACCUAUUAUUUCAUUAACUUUGAAUCUAUUUAAAUUUUAGCCAUGGAUAUGGCUAUGUAAUUUUGAAAUAAUUGUAAUUAUACACCAACAUUAAUUAUAUAUUAGAACCUUAAGAUCAGUUGUCACCUCAGUUUUCGUUUGAAGGCACUUUUAUUAAAAAUCCAGCUAAUUAUUAAGGAUCAGCUAAGUUUGAGACCCUAUAGUAAAAACUGUCUGCUUUGUAAAGGAUCUAUAGCAAUUUCUAGUAUCCAUUAAUGGUUUGCUUUAUUGGAUAUGUUCAAACAGGCUGAUUUUUAAAUUUAAUCAGAGUUGGAGAAAACCAUCAAUUGCCCUUAUGAAUAUCCUCAAAUGUGUAGAUGAAAUGGUGAUUAAAGGUACAGUCUUUGGACUUGGUAAGACUUUGGCAGUAGAAGAUUUUGCCUCCAUCCUGUGAAAGCCAGUUGAGUGUGUGAAUUUGCAGCUUAAGAUGACUCCUUCCAUUAUUCACAUUGAAAGAAUUUGAGUUGUGCAUCCAUAGUAAUUGUCCAAAAGAAAUGGUUUAUAUUUCACUUGUGUUGCCUUAAUUUUGAAAAAAAAAAUAGCACAAACUGAGCAAUCUUGUUGGCUGCCAAGUGGAACUUAGUUUACUGAAAUUCUCUGAACAUCAUGUCCAUCAUCUCGGCAUGCUCACCCUUUCCUUGAGCUCACCACUAGUGGGGAAAAAAAAUGGUGCUAUACGACUCUGAAUGGGUCACGUGACUGGUCAUGCUGACUCCGAGAUCAUAUCGGAAUAAUCUUGAUAUAUGCAGAUAUUAUACAAAACUUUACUACCAGUGUAAUAAUGAUGAAAACAAAUAAAUAAAAUCCUGCAGCCUUGCAAGGACGAGGUCAGCAAUACUUCUCUGCAUGGCGUGGUGGAACGGGACAUAUCUCGUUGUGUGUAGCUAUAGGAGCAUGACAAUGUGUCCAUGCUGGUCAUUUUUUUUUUCCUUUGAGAAAAAUAGUUAAACUGAAGCAUUAGAUAUUUAAUAUUUUUAUGGGGCUGUUACAUUACCUGCCACCUCUUGAACAUGUUCAAUUUUUAUAUACUGUUGUGCAGUAGAGGUUACAUCACGUCGUUGUUCAGACCGAACCAAAGAUGCCUCCAGCCAUGAUCUAAUGCUGCUGUGAAUUAAGCCUGCUUUCCAGUCCUUCAAGGCUACUGCAGGAGGUUUUAACAAUUUGUUUUUUAUUUUUGUACAAUUUCUAACUGGUUUUGCUAGUAACAUUGAUUCAAUUAAGUUUAAUUUGAAGAUUCUCAAUGAGCACUGUUGAACAUUGAUGACUGGUAACUUUGCCAUGCAGUGGCUGUAUCGAAGAAGACCCAUAGUGUGCCUCUCAGACCUAAGGGUUUCUUUAAUCUGUAUCUUAGAGACCAGCAAGAAAUCUUUAUACUAAAGAUGUGUUUAAUUAUUUUUACCAUUGUUGUUUGAACUCUUGUUUCUUAAUUUUACUCUGGACCCAGUAACUGCACUGGUUGUCAAUCGCACUGAGAGAGCGAGAGAGUUGUGUUUCAAACUUUUGUAACAACACAUGUAUGACAGUUUUUGUACAUUGAAAUUGAUUCUUUUCAGAAUUUUUGGAUCUAGUUUCUAAGUUAUUUUAGUGUUUUUUUUAUAUGUUAAAAAUGAGAUGAGUUAACACUGUCACCAGCAGACUGAUUUACCUACUGAUGCUACAGUGAUGUUGGGUUGACGGCUACCUGGUGUAGCUUGUGCCCAAAUUUUUUUUUUUCUUGUUAGUAACUGUUAAAUAAUGGCACCACAGUAUAUGUGAAGAACCCCCUUCCAUUAUGACUAGAUCUUCCUUCCACAUUAAAAUUUUGCAAU